ACCAAACCGUCACUGAGUCACAGAAGAAGAUUUGUGUAUAUGGAGUGGGAACCACACAAACCAACCCACUCGAAUCGACGAAGAAGAUGGCGAUGGCGAUGGUUUCUAUGCUCGUUUCGCUCCCCACCCUCACUCCUCCCAACUCCCGCCGAGUCAACCGGUUUUGGCAAACAACGCCAAAAACGUCGUCAUCCGUGAUGGCUGUUGCAAGCGGCGCCGGAAGCAAAGAGAGCGUUACUGCAGGGGUGAAAUUUGCAGAGGGAGAAGAGAAAUUACCCAAGGUCGUUUUGACCAGCGCCGGCGGCAGUGAGGCGGAUGUAUAUUUAUAUGGCGGUGUUAUUACUUCUUGGAAAGUCCCAAAUGGGAGGGACCUGCUUUUUGUUCGACCUGAUGCGGUGUUCAACAAGAAGAAACCAAUCAGUGGAGGCGUUCCACAUUGUUUUCCACAGUUUGGACCAGGCCCUAUGCAGCAGCACGGAUUUGCAAGAAAUCUGGACUGGUCCGUCAUUGAUUCUGAAAAUGUGCAAGGAGAUCCUACCAUAACUUUAGAACUAAAGGAUGGUGAAUACAGUCGCUCAAUGUGGGAUUUCAGCUUUCAAGCUUUGUACAAGGUCACUUUGCAAACAAAGAACCUUUCCACUGAACUUGUAAUUAAAAAUACAGACAGCAAGCCAUUUUCAUUCAGCACCGCAUUGCAUACAUACUUCCGGGCUGCUGUACAAGGGGCAUCAGUUAAAGGUUUGAAAGGCUGCAAAACACUAAAUAAAGAUCCUGAUCCCAAGAAUCCACUGGAGGGCAAGGAAGAAAGGGAUGGGAUCACUUUUCCUGGAUUCGUGGAUUGUGUAUACCUGGAUGCCCCUAAUGAGUUACAUCUUGAUAAUGGCUUAGGUGAUGUAAUAUCUAUCAAGAACACAAAUUGGACAGAUGCUGUUUUGUGGAACCCAUAUCUGACAAUGGAAGCAUGCUACAAAGAUUUUGUUUGUGUUGAAAAUGCAAAGAUUGGAAACGUACAGCUAGAGCCUGGUAAUACGUGGAUUGCUACGCAACAUCUUAGCAUUAAUUGAAGAGUGGCUGAUUCCUGUUAUUCAAUUUUGUAAAAAUAACAUAUCGUCUUUGUCUUUGAGUCCUUUAUUGUUAUAGAAAGCUUUUAAGCUACAAAACAAGCAAAGCUUAUGAAUAAUGGAUGAUCCUGUCUAUGCCGCCAUUCUGAAUAUAAUGUUUCCUUGGCGUGAUCGGU